AUGCUAGACAGAUUACCCCUCGAACUACUGCACAUGGUGCUCGAUCAUGUGACCCGAAGGGAUCUCAAAAAUCUCUGUGAAGUCUCCAAGAACAUCUAUGUAAAGAUGGUUCCUUGUCUAUAUGAAUCACUAGUCAUAAAAGCAACGUACCCAUCAGCUCAGUCCGUGAACGAUGCAAUCACGAGGUCAAAUCACUCGCAGUUGGUGCAUACAAAGCACCUCAGGCUGUGGGGUUCAUAUCAUGAGAUAGAAGCCUAUCAAUUCUGUUCUUUGCAUGAUUUCUUGGAUGGCAGGCUUCAAGCUCCCGGUGAUGUUGAUGGACCCAUGUCAAAAUUAAUACUGUGCGGAGAUCAGCAGACCACUACGUUUGACUGCAUUCCGAUCAUGACACACAACAUGUGGGAUCUAAAAACAUGUUUUUCCGAGGAAGUGGUUCUCCUCAUCAACAGGAUUUUAGAAACCCAAGAGAAACUUACGACAAUUUCUCUCCUCACAGAUGGUGACUGCAUUGUAACCAGAAUCAGACAUGCAUCAUGCGCCAUAAAUCUUGCUCAACUUUCUGAGCUCCAACACCUAUCCUGGAGAGGUCUUAAGCGAUAUGUUGACUUUGAGUCGGUUAGACAGUUUAUCGCUGCUCACGGUGCUCAAUUGAAGACACUGCACCUCGACCUUAUCGGCUGGGACACCGCUAGAUUGGCCUGGAGACAAGUUUUCCGAAAAAUGGUCGAUAAACAUGCAAUAUUGCCACAGAACUUCUUUGCGCAAUGCGUGCUUGGUCUUUCACUUGAAGAAAAACCAUAUACCCUUCUCACGGCUCUUCAACGCUUGACUCUCUCCCAAGUAUCCUUCAUCCCCAUGGAAGUCCAGUUGACCGGUGCUCUUAACGUAGGGCAACUUCAAGCGUUGCAACUCAUCAACUGCCCCGGUACAUUCCGCUUCCUUCGACAGAUCGUCCACUCAGGCAUGCCACUUAAGCUGAAAUUGCUCGAACUGACAUUCAACCCGGAAAAGCUAAAUCAAAUUACCGACGAGUCGCAGGACAACAUCACCGAAACCGUGAAAGCCUUCCUCGAGGCCUUCUCCGGCUUGAUAGAUCUCUAUCUUAUGCUUCCAACAGUCUCUUGGGACGGCAUGUGUCAAAGCAUGUUGCAUCACAAGUCCACACUGAGGCGCCUCAUCACACACGGCCUCUGGAGAACAGAAGUCGGCUUCCAGCAAGAUGGAGAUUUGUUUGGGUCGCCUGAAUUUCGACCCCGCAUAUCCCACGAUCCAGGGUUGGAAUUUUUGGGAAUUUCGGCAAGUAUCAGCGAGAUGUGUACAAUUACGGUACCCACUAUCCUAUUUCCUCAUUUUUGA